CCAGGACUUCAUAAUGAGCUCCAACAGCACAAACCCUGGCCUCUACCUGACCGUCAGCUCCCCAGGAAUGGGCAUUGAUGACCCAGACACCAACUCUCUCCACAAGGACAUCUGGCAAGAGCUAACCAGCCCCGAUGACAAUGACUCCAUCAGUGGCCUCUUCAAUUUUACAGGCUCGCACAACGAGACAGUGACCUCUCUGACCUAUGACCCUCUUGGGGGUCACACAGUGUGGCAGGUGGUCCUCAUUGUCUUUUUCACCGGCCUCCUGUCCCUGGUCACUAUAAUCGGCAACAUCCUGGUGGUGGUAUCCUUUAAGGUAAACCGCCAGCUCAAGACUGUCAACAACUACUUCCUGCUCAGCCUGGCUGUGGCUGACCUCAUCAUCGGGGUCAUCUCCAUGAACCUUUACACCACCUACAUCAUCAUGGGCCAAUGGGCGCUAGGCAACUGGGCCUGUGAUCUGUGGCUGGCUAUUGACUAUGUGGCCAGUAACGCAUCCGUCAUGAACCUGCUGGUCAUCAGCUUUGACCGCUACUUCUCAAUCACCCGGCCCCUCACCUACCGGGCCAAACGGACCACACGGCGGGCUGGCUUGAUGAUUGGCCUGGCCUGGUUCGUGUCCCUGGUCCUGUGGGCCCCAGCCAUUCUAUUCUGGCAGUACUUUGUGGGGGAGCGCACAGUGCCCCCUGAUAAGUGCUACAUCCAGUUCCUCUCAGAGCCCAUCAUUACAUUCUGCACGGCUAUUGCUGCCUUUUACUUGCCUGUCACUAUUAUGAGUGUGCUCUACUGGCGUAUCUACAGGGAGACGCAGAACCGCGCACGGGAACUGGCGGGCCUGCAGGGCUCAGGGAGCCAAGGGAGGGGUGGAGAAAGGGCUCACUUUGUGCACCACCAGGCUGGGAGCGCCAGGAGCUGCAGCAGCUAUGAGCUAAGCCAAGUUUCCCAGAAGAAGAGCCCCAUCCAGGCGCUGGCCGCACGCUUCCACUGUUGGCCCAUGAUGCACUCCUGGAGGCCUGGCAGCGCCCGGCCCGUAGAGGGGGAUGCCGACCACAGCAGCAGCGACAGCUGGAACAACAACAACGCCAGGCUGUCAGUGGACCACUCGGGCUCGUCUGAGGAUGAGGAGAGAAAUGGUAGAAGGAUGAUGCCCCAGGACCACGCCAUCUUCUCCAUAGUGCUCAACCUGCCAGGGAUGAAGGCAGCCGUCAACUCCCACCUCACCUCCUGCGAGGACCUGGACAUAGCCUCAGAAGAAGACCCCCUGAGGGGGGAGGAGGACAGUCGGGACAGCCUCUCUACCAUCACCACCACCACCACUACUACCACCCCUGAUGGGGCCAACACAGACACCAACAGCUACCAACAACGCUUUCCCUCCCAGAUCUCCAGAGUCCAGUCCAUGCCUGCCAUCCAGGCCACCAGAGUGGGGCCGCUCUCUGGCUCCCCUGCCACCACCACCAAAUUACCCUCGAUGCCGAUCUCCUUCAGAGAGGCAGCUCUAGCCAAGAGAUUUGCCUCCAGGGCACGGACGCAGAUCACCAAGCGCAAGCGCAUGUCUCUGGUAAAGGAGAAGAAGGCGGCACAGACCCUUAGUGCCAUUCUGUUUGCCUUCAUCAUCACAUGGACACCCUACAACAUCAUGGUGCUGGUCAACACCUUCUGUAAUGGCUGCAUCCCAGAGGCUCUGUGGGCACUGGGAUACUGGCUAUGCUACGUCAACAGUACCGUCAACCCCAUGUGCUAUGCCCUGUGCAACAAGACCUUCCGUACCACCUUCAAGAUGAUACUGCUCUGCCACUGGGACCAGCGCAAGCGGCGGCGGAAGCAACAGUUCCAGGCACGGCAGUCCGUAGUGUUCCACAGGAGAAUUCCUAAAAACUCAACGUAGUGAGAUAUAGACCCAGUGGGAAUUGGGUGAUGAAGAUGAUGAGUCUAGAAUCUGACAGCUCAGUGGAUGGAUGAGGCAUCCUAAAGAUUCUGUCUGUGGUUUUUAACUGCACAGAGAUUCACAAGGAGGCAGUCAUGUUGUUGCUGUGAUGGCUGAUGUUCUCUGUGUAGCCACAACCUCCCAAGUGACAUAUUCCUCUGUUUCUUCAGGAGAGCUCCUGUGGUGAAAGGUUCCUCUAGAUUGAUCAUUGCAGAGUAGUGCAGCUAAAAAGACUGACAGUGAAAACCAAUAGAGCAAGGACUUUAAAUGCAUUGGGGGGACAAUUCAAAGUGCAAUUGAUACUUAGGGAGAUUAUAUGAUGUAACAUUGUUAUGGAUUUGGGGUUUUCCAUUUCUUACCAUUUAUUUUGUGGUAGUCAAAUCUGUAACGUACAGAGCAGUUUGGGUUUUCAAAGUCAACUGCAUCUGUACUGUAAUAUAGUAUAUAAAGCAAAGGCCAAAACAUUUUGUGUCAAUAGACUGCACUGUAUUGAUUUUGAGCUCCCUUUUGGCUAACUGAAUUUGAUUUCUUUGUUAUAUAUGUUUUCUUUUUACUCUGACUUCUGUACAUUGCCUUCCACUUGGAUAUAGCUUUCUUGUGUCUUAUAAAAUGAGAAGAUAUUAAACAAAACAGUGUCCUAUUUGUGACGACCAGUUUUUCAAAGUUUUUGGUUGUUUUUGUAUAAUAAAUUGGUCUAUAGUUUUUCCUCUAUAGAUUCUGAGCCAGUCUGAAAAAAGUAAAUUUUGACUAUUCUACGGCACUUCAAUGAGCUGCUCGUGUUCAAUGUGAGUUGUUUACAUGGUGGAGACAAUAAGCGAAUCAACUUAUUCAAUUGUUGUUUAUGUUGAGCGUAAUGGUAUAUUGCUAUUUCUAACUUGAUACCUAAUGAUUGAUUGUACACUAAAUAGAUCAGUCACUAUG